CUUAUUGAGCAUGAAUUCUAGGCAUUCGUUUAAGCACUUUACACAGGUUAUCUGGUUCAUCUUUGGCAAAAACAUAUGACAUAACAACAUAACAUACUUUUGACAUUCCCAUUUUACAGAUAGUAACUGAGGUCCAGAAAGGCUAAGUAGCUUCCUUAAAUUCACACAGCUAGCAUGUGAUACAGCCAGAAAGUCUGGCUUUCUCAAUCACUGCUUACCACGUGCCCAUUGAUUCAAUAGUAUUAUUUAAUAGUCCUCCUAAUAUUCUGUUUGUUUGGUGUAUGCUUUCACAUACAGUGAGUCUCAUAACCAGCCUGUGAAGUGAGUAGAGCAGCAGUGUUGUCCUCACUUUUAUAGGAGGACAAACUGGUACAAUGGAAUCCAUAUGUGUUUUUAGGUGGAAGUGUUUCUGUUUACAAAUAUCCUGGGUGCCUGUAUACACAGGAAGUCAUUUACCAUAAAUAUAAUGAGUGCUUACAAUGUGUCAAACUCAGACAUCGGUGCUGAGGAUAUGAGCUACCAACCUCCCCUGGCAGGGUAACAGUCUAGUGGGACACACAAGUGUGGAAGCCAAGAAUCAAGGCACACAAUAGAGUCUCUAAGGGAGAUAUGAAAAGAGGGCUUACAGAGCACAGAAGGAGGGACCAUCUGUGCCAGGGAGGUCUUAGAAAAGGCAAAGGUGGCAGCAGGGGCAGGGAGGCUUUCCUGGAAAAGAAACUGCAUGUGUGUGAGUGUGAAUUCAUGCUUGUGACCAUGACUGCGUGUCUAGGGGAGUGACCAUAUGUGGGUCUGAGUGUGUACCUGCUUGUACAGGUUUACCGGUGUAUAAUGUAUGGACAUGCAGGCUGUAAGCAUGGCAUCGGGAAGCCUGAAUGGAAAAGAGAAUAUGUCUGGAUCCACACACACCACAGCAGAAUCUAACGUGCCCUGGUAUGUCCCCCCAUUUCCCCCUUGUUCCCCCAACACCAGGGUAAUCAGAGAAGCUGGUUGCUUCCCACCCUAGCAGUUGCCUCGUGAGCUAUGAUGAUUAGAUCCACCAGGUCUUUCAACCUGUUGGUCUUAACAUGUAGUGGUGCCUUAGAGUCGGCCAGCUCACGUGAGAAAUAGGGGUGAAGGGUACAGUUAUCUGAGGACACGUCUGUGUGCACACUUCCAGCUGUGUGUGAAUGCGUAGUGUUGGCUGCUCCCCACCAGAUGGGGGAAACCUGCCUUCUCCCUUCAUGUUCACUACCUUGGAGAGUUCAUCCACUCACUUUCCAUUGCCACCUGAGUGUGGCUGGCUCCUGCCCCCACAUCCAUGUCCUUCUGUGCUGGCUGGGCAGAGGCAAGGCUGGAAAGUGUCAGCGCCCAUUUCCUGCGGAGGCACGCCUGCUCCCCUCCACCCUCACCCCCAUUCUCAUACAGGAAUCACCCAUUGGAUGAAAACUGUGUGCACACAGGACUCCUGGCAGCCAGGAGGAACCCAGAGAGUCACCCCCAGGGGUGGGCUGAUCAGCCCCCUCCCCUGAUGAUAAGACCUGUUUUUAGGGCAAAAUUGACCAAGGAGGGAAAGAGAGGGCUCCUCUCGCCAUAAAUAUUCCCCCUGGCAUUGGGGAGGUCUGGAGUAAAUACUUUUUAAUUUUUUUUAAGCUUGCAUAAUCACAAAAAGCUACAAUGAUGGUGAAUCAUAUGUCAUUAACGAUGGCUAACAAUAUCUCUAUAAAGUGGCAAAAUAAUUGAACUGGAUUUCCUCCUUUUGUUAUAAGAAAUGUAAAUUCAGAGCCACAGGGUCAUGUAAGGCAAAAGCAUGACGUGCUGGAAUACACUCGUGAUUUGUAUGUGUUUACAUCCUAGCCCCAUGCGCUACCACACAGUGAAAGAGUCGCAGGUGAAAAUAAGCAGAAAUGAGCUGCAAUGAUCAACACAUGCCAUGUGCUAUACUUUACAUUGCAUGAGUGGGUGAGUGAAAAGCAAACGUCUUUGAGAUAGUAGAAUGCUCUCAUAUAGUGACCCCAGAAAGUACAAUACCUGGACUCUGUUCCCAUGUCCAAGGACUUAAUCGAUUGAAAGGUUUUCAUCAUAUAUUGGAAAAUUAGCCCAGGGGCAGGAUAUCUUUCAAAGAUAGGAAUAUACUUAAUUAAGCCUUGUUGAAGUGCCUUUUUAAAAUGUGUGUCAUCCCUAAGAAAUGUUAGCUGGUGCAUAUCUGACUAUGCUUAUGGAAGCACCACAUAUAGUCUAUGUUUCCAUGUUCUAGACAGAAAUAUUUCCUAAACAUUAAGGGAAGGUGCUGGUUUCAUAAUACACCAGGAGAAUUUUUCCAUGGUCAAUAUGUUGUUUCUUUGCACUUAAAGACUGCAUCAAUAAUCUGAAAAAGAAAUCAUCUGAUUAUGGCUAGAUACUCUGCUUAGAGUCUAAGGUUUCUGUCAUGCGCUGCUUUCAACUGUUAUAUUUUAUGGCACAAAUUCAGUGGGAAUGUGAUCUGCUAAAAUAUUUGGGCUGUGAAAACUCCAACACUGUGACAGAUGUCAAGUCCAAUUAAGUGACUCAUGUCCAGGUUUCUGUCCAAUAGGAUUUCCCAUUAAAUAUCAAUUUAGGGGGAAAAAAAUUCCAUCCCCCUUCUUAAGCCUGUGUCUCUUCCACCAUCUCCAGGCUGAAUCAAUUGGUACCAGGAGAGCCAAGAAGCCUCUCGCACCUCUGCCUCGCGGUUCCCUCACCCUCUCCCUUCUUUCUCCUUCCUCUUCCCUGUCACACUGUUCCUCCCGGAGGCGUUCACUUUUCACCAACCUUUCUCCUAGCAUCUCCAAGCUACUGGCUGUGUGUAUUUUGCUACAAGAGACCUGGAGACGAGACUUUUCGACACAUCGUUUAGGGGGGGGAAAAUCAACAACGAAUUUCCCGAAAUGUUUAACAAUUAAAAGGAAAAGGCGUUUUUGAUCUAUCAACUAAGUGAACGAUCGUUCAUAUCGUCCACAUCCUGAGAGAUUAUCGUCCCUCGCUGUGGACACCGGCGAGAUGACAGCUGCUUUUUCAUAUUUGAAUGUAAUAAAUAUUUGUUGCUUUUAAUAUAUUUCGGAAUUUCUCCCCCGCGAUUCCCUGGAAUUUUAACUCUAGAAGAUUGGAGAAAAGAUUAUCGAAAAGGCUUCUGCAAGGGCCAGGUCCUCUUCGGCGCCCCAGACCAGCGUGAGGCCCGCGGGCGCCGUGGCACUCCCGCUGCCACGUCCAAGGGCCUCCGGGAGGGAUCCCCGCCCCCCGUAAAACCCAGAUGUGUUCGUCCUUCGGAGUCAAUUGUUUGUGGGGGAAGAAGUGAGCGAGGCAGAAUGGCAGAGUCGGUACAUGGCCGGAGGGGGCACAACACCCAGGCCUCGCAGGCCUGCGGUCAUCUACCGGGCCAGGACCACAGACCGGGCCGAGCCUCCUGCAGGCCGAGGUGUCACGUCCAGGAUGCGGCUUGGCCAAGCAAGACAAGUCCUCGCCGGCUCUGGUGCGCUCCCCCGCCGCAGGACCAGCCCCGCUGAGCGCGCCGGCCUGGUGUGAGGCGGGGACCCAGACUCGGCGAGGCCCGGCGCUGUAGGCCGUCGCCCGCUCCUGCUCAGAUCGAAAGAACCUGAUGCCUUUUAUUGAUUGCUUUUCUGACUCCCCAUCAGCCUCCAAAAUGAUGCUGAGUCCGGACCAAGCCGCCGACUCGGACCACCCCAGCUCGGCGCACUCGGACCCGGAGUCGUUGGGCGGCGCGGACACCAAGGUGCUCGGCAACGUGUCGGACCUGGAGCCGGUGGAAGAGGCCGAGGGCGACGGCAAGGGCGGCAGCCGGGCGGCGCUUUACCCUCACCCGCAGCAGCUGAGCCGCGAGGAGAAGCGCCGCCGCCGGCGCGCCACGGCCAAGUACCGCUCAGCCCAUGCCACCCGCGAGCGCAUCCGCGUGGAAGCCUUCAACUUGGCCUUCGCCGAGCUCCGCAAGCUGCUGCCCACGCUGCCCCCGGACAAGAAGCUCUCCAAGAUCGAGAUCCUGCGCCUGGCCAUCUGCUACAUCUCCUAUCUCAACCAUGUCCUGGACGUGUAGGGCCGGGCGCGCUCCUGGAGGCCGCGGGUCCGGGUGUCGGGGACUGCGACCGGACCCGGAGGCUGCGGCGGGGCUGGCGGAGGAGGCAGCCGCCCAGUGGGAGACCUGGACGGGGCAAGAAGCUCUCAGGCUGUUGCGUUCUCUCGGAUCAGCAGGGCGACCUUGAAAGGUUUCCGACUCUGGAACGUAGGGAUGUCUGGCGAGCCCCGCAGCUUGCAAGGGGUACAUUCCAGGCCGGUGGACCUCCUGGAGGCACCCGAGAUAAGCCUCAUCCAGGCCCCCCUCCAUGGGUUAGGGUCCCCGUAAGGGUGGUUGCUUGAGCUCACUGGAGACUGGGUUCUCGGAUUUUAUCUCCCACAGCUCUUCAUGUUUUGAAAAAAUGGAGGCAGAGGCUUGGAGUAUAGGUUCAUAACUUUAGACGAUAUGGAUUUUUUUUCCUCCUAAUUGACGAAUCACCAAACAUUCAGAGUGGGGAGGGGAGCGGAGGGAACCUCUUCUAGUGUGGAGAUUUUCGGCAUAUGAAAGUGGGACAGGGAACUUUCAGAACUGUUGUGAAAAGAAAGCAAGCUUAGAUUAGAAUCCAAACACCACAGACAAGCUCUGCAUAUUUGGUAAGGUUAAGAAGAUACAUUGAAAACAAACACUUUGUGGGAGAUUUGAGCUUGGUGAGGUUUGAACCCCCAGGUAUGACACUAAUUAGACAGGAACAUCCAUAUUCAAAUGGAAAACGUAAUAUCUGAUUGCUGUUUCAGGCGAAGUGCCCCUUUAUAUAUCCAAAAACAUCUAUUUGUGACCUUAACCAUGUGGACCCAUAGGUGCAGUUAGAAAAAGACAACCUAUUUUUAUUUAUGUUAGAAGGAGUAGAGUAUUUUUUCCAAGACAUUUAUUUUUCAGAGUGGUGAUAAUGUUACUUUGGAUACUCUGUGCCAAUUUAUUUAUAGUCAAGUGUUUACACUUUUUCCUGUGGAAUAAUUAUGUCUAACUUUUUACGUGUUUGUUGAGAUUAUACUGUGGUCUUUCUGUUUUGCUCUAAUUAUAUUGCACUUGUAUAACAAAUUCCCUACUUCUCCCUGUUUCUAAACAUAUUUUAUAUAUUAAGAUGUUUGUUCUUGAAAGGUUCUUUUGUUGUGAGAUCAGCAACACUAGCACUUCACUAUUAUAGUUUUUUAUAAAAAGUAAGUGUUGUUAUUCUUAUCUGUAGUUAUGUCUGAAAAGUACUUUACACACUGUUUAUAAGGAGAGUAGCUUCUUUGUGUAUGGGGGUGUGUGUGAUGUUUGUGCGUGGGAUGAUUUUAGGAAAUUAAGUUAUUUUCCUAAAAAAAAAAAAAAGAAUUCAAAACUACUUUCUUCUGUGACAACCAAAAAGAAAAGUCUAUAACCUGAAAAUGUUUCAUGUUCUCAGCUGUGAAACUCUUAAAACAAGGAGUGUAUUUUAGAAACAAGGGGAAACAAAACAAAACAAAACAAAAAACAAAAAAAAACCCCACAUCUGCUAUCCAAAGAUUUUAGUCUUUUUCAGGGUUUUUUUGUGUCUCUGUUGCUUUAUAUAAUGCAAUAUUUUGUAGUGAAAAUAGAUAUACUCUGGUUUCUAUCUGACGAGUUUUUCAUAUCUCAUGAAUGGUACGCUGUUUUACAUAUAAAUAAAGGUAUCAAAUAAAGUCCUCUCCUUUA